AUGAAAUAUUAUGAUUUUGCAAUCUAGAAAAACCCAUAAAUUUCCUAUUAUUAUGAUAACAAAGCUUUUGUUUUAAAUAGUUUGAACAGAUUAGAAGAAGCCUUAGAAAAUUAUAAUUUAGCCAUUUAGAAAAACCCAGAAGAUGCUGAUUAUUACAGCAACAAAGCUGCAAUCUUAAAUAGUAUGAACAGAUUAGAAGAAGCUUUGAAAAAUUAUAAUUUAGCCAUUUAAAUAAAGCCAUAUGUUUCUCACUAUUACAACUAAAAAGCAAGUGUUUUAGAAAAGAUGAAUAGAUUAGAAGAAGCCUUGAAAAAUUAUAAUUUAGCAAUUUAGAUUAACCCAGAAGAUCCUGAAUAUUACAACAACAAAGCUUGUGUUUUAUAAAAAUUGAAUAGAUUAGAAGAAGCUCUGAAAAAUUAUAAUUUAUCAAUAUUGAAAAACCCAGAAAAUUCUGACUAUUACUACAAAAAGGCUUAAAUUUUAUAAAAAAUGAAUAGAUUGGAAGAAGCUGAGAAAUGUUUUAAUUUAUCAAAUGAAUUAGUACUAAAAGCACAAAACUGCCACACCAAAACUAAUUUAGAUAAUUCUAAUUAUCAUUCAAUAUUGUAAGACUUCCAUUAAUGA